UUUCUUUGCGUUACAACUCAUAUCUCACCCAAUCUCAUGGAAGAACCAGAGCCCAGAUGGGAAGGCAAAGCCACAGCAGAGCUCAAAACCACCGCACCAGAUCAGGUAUGGCCUCUACUGGAGGACUUCUGCGGUAUCCACAAAUGGUUUCCCGAUCUUGAUACUUCUUAUCAAGUAGAAGGGGAGAAGGGCAAGCCUGGCCUGACUCGGUACUGUGCCAACAACCCCGGCGAGAGUGGCGUCAAGUGGGCCAAGGAGAAGCUCCUCACCAUAGAUCCUAUCCAACGCUGCUUCAGCUACGAGGUUCUCGAUAAUAAUAUUGGAUUCAACUCCUACGUUGCCACCAUCAAAGUAUUGCCGGUGGACGGCGGUGGGUGCCGGAUCGAGUGGUCCUUCGCGUCUGGUCCGAUCGAAGGGUGGAGAUCGGAUGACUUGGGUUCUUUUAUUGACUCAUGUCUCCAAUUCAUGGCUAAGAAGAUGGAAGCUGCCAUCAAGAAUGAAGACGGAAGCAGCUGCGGAUAAUGUAUAAAUACAUAAAUGUAAUACGUCUCUACGUGUUGUGUUUAUUGACAUCCUUGGUGUAUUUUCUUAUUAUUAUUAUUAUUAAAAUAUUAAAUGCAA